UCUUAUCUGCAUGUCCCAAUUACACAACAAAACGUGUUUACAUACCGAUGCGCCUCAUAUUCGAUAGCCUACACCCCCGCGCAAGCGCCCACCACUGUUCUUAUGUGCAGUCACUGGAUUCAGACUGCACGGGUGUGAAAGGAGAUGCAAUGAUGGCUACCGCUGCAGAAGAACUAUGCCAAUCCCCUUGUCCCAUUUCUGAGCGCAAUGUCACGACAGUUUCCAUCAAAAUUACGAGGAAAAACCAGGAUAAACCCUGGAAAUUGAGAUUAAUUUACCUGCAGUGUUAUUGUAUGUCAAUUGCAACCAUACUGGGAACUGGAAUCUUAGGACUUCCUGUCACAAUAGCACAUGCUGGACUUGUGCCUUUCCUGGUCUCCUUUAUAAUUGGUUUCUUUGUGCAGGCUCUCCUCAUAUACCUAUUUGUUGACCUACUCCAGCGAUGCGAAGUUGCCCAAAUUGAGUCACUAAAGAGCACAGAGACUGAGCGGAUUUUAUUACAAGACAUUGGGUUGGAGGAGCCUGCUGUCACUAACACAGAAGAGGAUGAUGAUGAAGGUGACGAAGCAGACACUGGCCUACUGCAGAAGGACGCAGCCAGCUGCCAGACACCGGAGGAGAAGCUGCACCCUAAUCUCCAUGUGUUGGGAGUCCUCUUCCUCAGCAAGCCCAUGAGCCAUGCCUUCAACUUCAUCCUGCUCUUCCAGUUUGUGUCAAUUGGGAUCAGCUAUGUCCUGGCUGGCAGUGAGGCCUACGCUGUGAUUCUAGAUCUGAGCCAUAUCUACGUCAUUCCUGCCUUUACCUGGACACUCUCUCUUACAAUCCUGUUGGCUCAGAUUGUCAUUCAGCCAAUCACAUCGCUGCUGACCCUUCUGAAAGGCAUCAUGCUGAUCAUCACAGUAGCCGUGACAUUUGCUGUGGGGUCAGAGGUUCAACAGGCGACCACGAAUGACUUCAGCCAAAUUGGGAAGCCUUUCCUAAUGGGCACGGUUGCACUGGGGGGGAUUGUCAAUGUGAUGCCUCUCCUGUUUUCAGAAAUAUCCCAGAACAAGACACAGAUCAUGUGGUUCAGAAGAGUCAUAUUGGGAGGACUUGCCACAUGCGCAGUUCUGAAUAUAUUGUGGUGCUGGGCUGUUCUAGAAAUUGUCCCGCAGAUGUCUAUACAGAGGGUUUUGAAGGUUGGGGUGAACACCACCAGCGAUAUGAUGUCUGAGUCCUCUGCAACAGGCUACACCCUGAUCUUCUCCAAUAUCUCCCUGGAGGCGUCAGAAAAAGCAGGAGAAAUUGCAGCAAUCCCACUAACAAAGAUAAUCAGUCUGAAGUAUCACCACUUCUCGUGGGUAGCGGAGCUGAUCCAGAUUUUUAUUGCUGUCAGUAUAACGGUGUCCUUUCUGGUGAUGGGCUCUGCUAUGAAGCACACAAUUGAUGGCCUCGUAAACUCACACUGCAACACCAAGUUGGAAUGGAUGUCGAAGGUCUGGGAGAGGACAUUACCACAGAGCUUCCACAGAUGCAGUUCAAGAAGCUUUGCCAGUGGGCUUAUGUCUCUUCUUGCCUUCGGAAUCAUUUUUAUUGUCUCGUCCUGUGAUCCAAGUGGAUUUGUGGUGAUGUUGGACAAAGUGGUGUCCUUCUCCUUGAACACGGAGGUUGGGUUGUUCUUUUUUCUGAUGCUUCGAGCCUCCAGAUCAGAACGGUUUCAACACCUAACAGUACCUCUGCCUGUGGGCCAACUGGUAUUCCAGCUUUACUGGAUCCUGCCCAUUUACUUCCUGUUCGCUGUGGCAUACGAUGUAAUCCAGAGCAUCAUGGAGAUAGCGGAGCACAAUUUACAGCACUCUUCCCAACCUAUCCUCACCAAUUCCUCUGCUUGGAAGGAUGGAGGUUAGCUGAGGGCCUGGAAAUUACAAAGCUCAUUUGUUCAUCCGCACAUCUAUGCAUGUCAUGCACCUUACUCUUGAAUGUUAACAGCAUCAGGGAUGUCUCUCAUGGCCAGCCAUUUCAUAUAAUUCAUGUUUUUUUUUUGUUUGUUUUUUAUAGCUUGUGGAGUAACAGCAUAACCAAGGAAUAUACAGUCAUUUUUACAUCCAAUUUACAGACUGUCGCAUCACCCAAACUGCCAGUGACUGAUAUUAGGCUGCCGCAUAUCUAUGAUCUCACAACAGAAAAUGUUCAUAGAGCUUCUUCCCUAACAAAGAUUGCUUUAAUAUCUAUGUUUGACUAUUAUUAUUAUUAUUUUUUUACAUAUUUAGAAUCAACAGACAAAACAACAAGGAAAAUGCAAUAGAAAAAAAGAUCUAUUAAUAUCAAAAUAUAUUUUAUUCUGGACUUUUUUUCAGAUCUGGUUCAAAUUACAACAGAUCAAUGCAAUGCGAGGAGAAUCUGCAAAAACAAAAAACAAAAUUUGACUUGAAAAACCAAGGGUGGGUUAUGGGCACUCAUAAUGCAUGUGGAACCAACCAAAAUAAAUCCUUAAACUGGAACGUACUGUACACGAUUAUCUCCAAUAAUCAUCAAUUUAAUUAUUUAGGCUACAAAGAAAUAUGAAUUACAAAAGUUUUAAAAGAGUACAAAAUGUCCAGGGGACAUACACAUCAUAAGAAUAUGAUUAGAAUUCAGGUAGUGAAAAUGAAGGGCAAAGCAGACACUAGGACAGUGGAUUUAUCAUAAAAGAAAACCUCAAAUAUCCUUCCACUGUCAUAGACCGUAUAAUAAAUAGUGUCCAGAUGGUUUGUAAUCUACUUAAAGUAGAAAGUUAAUACAGAUUUAAAAGGACUACACUCUGUAUAAAAUGUACAUUUACGGGCCGGUAGCACAGGCCCAAAUUAAACCUAUUAUAAUACUAAAACAUCCUCAAUGUUUCCAUUGAAAGUGCUUUUCUUGACCAGGAGGCUUUGUGUGGGCAAGCAUCCUAGUGACAAUAUCCUUUAAAAACUGACUAAGAAAUAAGGCUUAAAUAACAGGGACAAGGAAUCCUGGUCAUGGGCGCUGAUGCUGAAUCCUUACAUUUCCAUUGAGCCAAAAUCUCUUUCUGCCAUCUGUAAAAAUCUGAACGGCUUUCUUUUUCUGUAAAUACACUUCAUUUAGGACAUCUAGAAAACACUUCAUUUAGGACAUCAAGAAAAUGUAAGUAAUUUGUCCCAUUUAAAAAAAAUGAACUGUCCAUUCAUUACUGUUGUGAGACUUCUCUUAAUAUUGAGCAGCACAAAAAUAAUGUGUAUUUAUAUGGUGCGUGAUAAUCCAUGUGAUUCCGUGUUUCUGAUUUGGAGCCCAACACCCAGACUUGCUUUAAGAUUCUAUGUUUUCUCUGAAAACAGCAAUGGCUGUUUCUGAUCACCGUCAAUAGCUAACCGGAGUUCAAAAGCCUAAUCAAACUGUUUAAAAUGUGAACCAGUAAAGACCAGUAAAGUUUUGGAGGUUUCGUUG